AUGUCUUUUAUAAAAGUAGAUGCAGCGUCUGAUUUUUCUUUCCACAACCUACCAUAUGGCGUAUUCUCCACUAUGGACAAUCCCAAACGGCGCAUUGGGGUUGCCAUUGGAGACCAGAUACUGGACCUGAGUGUGAUACUCUCACUAUUUCAAGGACCCGUGAUGUCCAAAAAUCAAGAUGUUUUUCAACAGCCUACAUUAAAUGCUUUCAUGGCUCUGGGAAAUGAAGCAUGGAAGGAGACAAGGCGUACUUUGCAAAUUUUGCUCUCGGCCAAUGAGAGCACUCUAAGAGAUGACUGCACUCUACGCAGUAGAGCUUUUGUCCUUCAGAGUGCAGCCAUAAUGCAUCUUCCUGCGGAUAUCGGUGAUUACACUGACUUCUACUCAUCGAGGGAUCAUGCAACUAAUGUUGGCACCAUGUUUCGUGGAAAGGAAAAUGCCCUAAUGCCAAACUGGUUGAGGCUUCCCGUUGGAUAUCAUGGUCGGGCUUCAUCAGUGGUUGUUUCGGGAACCCCCAUUCGUCGGCCCUCAGGGCAGAUGAGACCUGAUCAGACUAAACCUCCCGUUUUUGGCCCAUCACAGCAGUUGGACAUUGAGUUGGAGAUGGCGUUCUUUGUUGGAGGGGGUAAUUUGCUUGGAGAGCCAAUAUCCAUCAUGAAAGCCCAUGAACACAUCUUUGGAAUGGUACUCAUGAAUGACUGGAGCGCUCGGGACAUUCAAUCUUGGGAGUAUGUUCCUUUGGGUCCAUUCCUUGGCAAGAACUUCGGAACAACAAUCUCACCUUGGGUGGUGCCCAUGGAGGCCUUGUUACCAUUUGCAGAGCCCAAUCCCGUUCAGGAUCCACAGCCCCUCCCCUACCUCCGACAUGUGGAUCCCUACACUUUUGACAUUAAUCUAUUUGUAUCACUGAAAGGACGGCUUAUGAAAGAAUCUACAAUCAUCUGCAAAUCAAAUUUCAAAUACAUGUACUGGACAAUGAAACAGCAGCUUGCUCAUCACACAAUCAAUGGCUGCAACGUCAGACCUGGAGACCUGCUGGCAUCUGGUACUAUUAGUGGACCUGAUCCAGAGAGCUUUGGCUCCAUGUUGGAGCUAUCAUGGAGGGGAUCCAAGAGCAUUGAUCUUGGUGGAGGAGAAACCAGAACAUUCCUCCGGGAUGGCGAUGAAGUCACUAUUACAGGUCAUUGCGUAAGAGAUGGUUACAGAGUGGGUUUUGGGUCCUGCACUGGGGUCAUCCUCCCUGCCCUGCAACACUGA